ACAUCGUGCCCAAAACCAGUUGAACUCGUUUUAAGACACCUGGUCUAGGGCUGUCUUGGCCUUGACCACGAUGGUUGGAAUGGCGCCUGAAUGAGAGAGGGUUCAGGUUGAGUGUAGUAGUGAGUGAGUGGUCUCACUCACCCCAUCCAUCCCAUCCAUCCCAUUCAGCCAUGGAUUCCUCGGGUAGUCGGGAGUUCCUCAUCGAUUUGUUCUCGGGCAUGUGCGCGGGCGUGGUCAACGUCGGGGUGGGCCUACCCAUGGACACGGUCAAGGUCAAGAUGCAGACCUUCCCGCAAGAGAAUCCCACCAUUGUGCAGACCUUUUAUCGAGUGGCUCGUCACGAUGGUCUUCUUCGAGGUUUAUACGCGGGCAUGGUGCCCUCGCUCAUGGCCAAUGUGGGCGAGAAUGCGGUCUUGUUCGUGGCUUACGGACAAUGUCAGCGGCUCGUGGCUCGGGCCUGCGGCCUCCAUAACAUUGAAGAUCUCCACCCUGUGGGCAAUGCCGUGGCUGGAUCGUGUUCUGCCGUGUUUUCGGCCCUCUGGCUCUGUCCCACGGAACACGUCAAGUGUCAAUUGCAGGUGUUACGCGAGCUCAAGAAGAAGGACCCCACCAUCCAGAUGGUGGGACCCUUCCGGUUGACUCGGAACAUCCUCCGAGAAGAGGGCGUGAGCGGGUUGUUUCUCGGGCUGAGACCCACUUGGACCCGGGAGAUCCCCGGGUAUUUCUGUUUCUUUUUCGGCUAUGAGGCUUCCAAGACCGUUCUGGCCUAUGCUUUGAAGACGCCCAAGGAGGAUCUGGGCGUGAUCCCCACCAUGCUGUGCGGAUCCAUGGCCGGUGUGUGCUUCUGGACCGGGAUCUUCCCCAUUGAUUCAGUCAAGUCUCGGAUCCAGGUCAUGGGCAAAGAAGGCACCAUGCGGGAGAUUGCCGCCGGCAUCUAUCGAAAGCAAGGCCUUCUGGGCUUUUAUCGGGGUUGGCUGCCGGCCGUGAUUCGGGCUUUUCCGGCCACGGCAUCGCUCUUGGCCACUUACGAAUUUGUCAGUGCCUACAUCCACCAACAUUUCUAGCUCAAUUUUUCCGUUCUUUUGCUUGCUUUUCCAGUCCUGACCAUGAAGUUCCAAUGGCAUCCAUUGGGAUCGUCGAGACGGGUGUUUUGUAUGAAUGAGCACAAGGAUGAUGAACACUUUGAGUUCUUAAUGACGGAUGGGAAAACGUGCUUCAAGGAAACGCUGACGGCCGAAGAGGUCCGAUCUCGAAAUGGCCGUCUCAAUCCCGCCGUCGAAGCCUCGGCUGGGGAUUUGAUCCCGGAGAUUGUGCAAAUCUUGUCCAAGAACACAACCUCGCUGGACUUACUACCCUCCGAGCUUCUUCAACGGGAUGAUGAUGAGGAUGGUAUUGAUCCAGUAUUAAAGAUCCGCGGCAAGUUGUACAACUAUGAUUUUCAAUGGCAUUUCGACUUGACAGCCAUGGGCGCGGAGGAGCUCUUUGAGAUUCUAUCGUCCAGUCUCUUGAAUGUUCUCUCGGCCAUGUUCGCAAGACAAGACUUCCUGGUGGAUCUCUUGAAGAAGAAAGACCUCGAGAUUUUUGAUUACUCUCAAUCGGGAGCCACUUUAUCGCGCAAUUCUUUAAAAACGGAAAAAUUUGACCUCGCCCAUUUGAAGGAAACUGCUUUGCCCUCAACUCCCAGCUCUUUAUCUCUUUUGACUACGGAGCCAUUCCACGAUAUUCAAAAAUGUAUUGAACUGUCCGAAUCCCAUGCCGAUCAGUCCAGUGAUCCCAACCCGUCACCCAAGAUCCGGAUCAGAGGCGAAAAGGUCGGUCAAUGGAAGUACAACGACUCUGAGUCCGACUCGGACGACCACAACGCCUCAGUCAGUUCUAAACGACGCCGACCUCAACCUACCUCGGCACCUGUCAAAGUGUCUGCUAAAGCUAGUCUAGCGAAGAAACUGAAGAAAAUAUAGCGCAACUCUUGUUAUUUCCAAAUCAUGUCAGGCAAAAAAAAAAUGUAUAUACAAAGAUAAAUGUACC